UGGCGUCACUUCCUGUGCCGGAGCGGGUGCCAUGGCCGUGCUGGCCUCCAACCCUAACAACCCUGUGGUCUUCUUCGAUGUCACCAUCGGCGGGCAGGAGGUUGGGCGCAUGAAGAUUGAGCUGUUUGCUGAUGUUGUACCCAAAACAGCUGAGAACUUCAGGCAGUUCUGCACGGGGGAAUUCAGGAAAGAUGGUGUGCCUAUAGGCUACAAAGGAAGCACUUUCCACAGGGUUAUAAAAGAUUUCAUGAUCCAAGGAGGUGACUUUGUAAACGGAGAUGGCACUGGAGUAGCCAGUAUAUACAGGGGACCUUUUGCAGAUGAAAACUUCAAGCUGAAACACUCUGCUCCUGGGCUGCUCUCCAUGGCAAACAGUGGCCCAAGCACCAACGGCUGCCAGUUCUUCAUCACGUGCUCCAAGUGCGACUGGCUGGAUGGCAAACACGUCGUGUUUGGUAAAAUUGUCGAUGGGCUGUUGGUCAUGAGAAAAAUUGAAAAUGUGCCUACAGGUCCAAAUAACAAACCCAAGCUGCCAGUUGUGAUCUCUCAGUGUGGGGAAAUGUAAAGCAGAGAUUGUGUUCCUUCACCAGUGGUUAGGCCUCUGCUGGCCCCAUGCAGUUCCAGCUCCAGCCAGUUCUCCCACUGUCCCAGUCCUCCCUGCAGGCCACAUCUCCACUCUUGACAUUCUCCUGAAAUGAUUUAAUAGCUGACAUUUGUCUUUUGGGGUCUCUGGUUUUAAAUGUAAAUAAAGAGUUUUGUUACAUCUGUGUGCAGCAUGCAUCAGGUCCUGUGCUUGGGAGCAGGUUGCUCUUCAGGUGAGGAUGGCUGGAGCAUUCCCAGCAAGGUGCAUCAGCCCCAGCUGGUUCUAUAGGGAACAUUUUCUGAGCUUAGUGUUGAGGGGUACUGCUGCUAGGCCUUUGCAGAAUGGGAAAGAAGGGGUGAAGGGAGCAUGGCAGGGCUGUGUUCCAUCAGCUC